CUUCUCAUUUUCAUCUUAAGCUACCUUUCGUUUUCGUUAGGGGAAAAAAAUGGAGGCAGUUGCAAUGUUUAGAGCUGCUGCUAUGGUGAUGCUGCUGGCUUUGAGCUUCAGCGCGUGCCAAGGGCAGCUUUCUCCUACUUUUUAUGCUGAAACAUGCCCCGAUGCACUCAGUACCAUUCGCACAUCCGUCAGAUCAGCCAUUGCAAGGGAACGUAGAAUGGCUGCUUCUCUUAUCCGGCUUCAUUUCCAUGAUUGCUUUGUUCAGGGUUGUGAUGCCUCGAUCUUACUGGAGGAUUCCCCUUCAAUCACCAGCGAAAGAUUCGUACCACAAAAUAACAACUCGGUACGAGGCUUUGAGGUUAUCGAUCAAGCUAAAUCUGCAGUCGAAAACGUUUGCCCUGGAGUUGUGUCUUGUGCUGAUAUUCUCGCGGUUGCUGCCAGGGAUGCCUCUGAAUACGUAGGUGGUCCAUUGUGGACAGUGAAUCUUGGAAGAAGAGACUCCACCACUGCAAGCCCGAGUCUAGCCACCAGAGACCUUCCCCGUUUCACAGACGGUCUUCAAAGGCUUAUCGAUCUGUUCGAAACCAAGGGCCUGAAUGAAAGAGACAUGGUUGCUCUGUCAGGUUCUCACACCAUCGGACAAGCUCGAUGCGCUACAUUCCGGGGUAGGAUAUACAGUAACGACAGCGACAUCGAUGCCGGUUUCGCCGCAACACGUAGACGUAACUGUCCGGCUACCGACGGCGACGGGAAUCUGGCACCGCUCGAUUUGGUGACACCGAAUUCCUUCGACAACAACUACUUCAGGAACCUGUUGCAGAGGAGGGGUCUUCUGCAGUCGGAUCAAGUACUGUUCAGCGGUGGUUCCUCGGAUAGCAUAGUGAACGAGUACAGCCGGAACCCUUCGACUUUCAGCUCAGAUUUCGCUUCCGCCAUGGUCAAGAUGGGAGAUAUCGAACCUCUAACGGGUUCAGCUGGGAUAAUAAGGAGGAUUUGCAGCCGUGUUAACUAGUUUGAUGCUAGUCUUAUAUGUUUAUCUCUAUGAUUAUGUGUUUCCCUCAAAUCGUUUCAAGUUUCGAGUGUAAAGUAGUUGCUGUAAUACUU